CAAUGCUGAGUUAGUCUAAUGGAGAUCCUAUUAUUCAGCUUCCAUUGCACUGGGAUACAACGUAAACAAUUCAUGGUGACCCUUUGUGUGCAGGUCCUGUCUUCCCAACAUCAUUAAACCAAACAUGCACUUGUCAAGAGGGGCCUGGCGAUUUCAUCAGAGUUUACUAGAUCAGGACGAGAGAAAGGGAAGCAAAAUGGUUGCUUUGGAAGACGCGGAAUAAUUACUUUCCAAAACAUGUUAAGAAGAUUUAAAAAUACACAGCAGGUAAGGUCCGUGGAUAGCUGCCAACAAGGAUCUAAACUCGAUAAUGUUGAAGGGAAAGGUCAUUUUUUAAGUUUCCUUGAGGUCUCCACACUCCAGACAAUUGUCGGUUGUCUGCACUCGUCAGUGUUAAACCCGGCCGUUUGCUUUUGUACUUCCUUGCUCUCCCUUGUUUUAAUCCUGUUAGUUUUGCAGUUAUACAUAUUGAUGUCCUCACAACAACAGGCAAUGCAGCAGUCGAGAUUGUCCCUUAACUGACAUGUUAUCCCCUGUUUCACCAGGAGCUCUCCUGAAAGCUAACUUUUGAGUCUGUACGCACACACACACACAAAAUGGAAUUUCAAGAAACCUUCAUGGAAUCUUCUGUUCUGGACUUUGUUGCAGAAUCAGAGUUUGCUCUGUCUUCGCCAGGAUCAGACCAGAUCGAAGUCAAUUCGCCGCACCGUGUGGACCUUUGUGACAGGUUGUGUGAUCUGGCUGGGAUACGCGCCUUUACCGACCACUCAGUUCCAUUUGGAGGCGACAAGGAGCAUGUGGAUUUGCUUGGGGACCAAGCAACAGCCUUUAAGAUGGGAUCUAUCAAUUCCCUGAUGGUCAGACCCAAAAGAAAACGUGUGAUCACUUAUGCCCAGCGCCAGGCUGCUAACGUCAGGGAGAGGAAAAGAAUGUUCAGUCUGAAUGAAGCAUUUGAUCAGUUAAGGAAAAGGGUGCCUACUUUUGCUUAUGAGAAACGGCUGUCUAGGAUUGAAACGCUACGUCUUGCCAUUGUCUAUAUCUCGUUUAUGACGGAACUUUUGGAUAAUAAAGAAAAAAAUCCAACUUCAGAAUAAUGUUUUGUGUUUCACCACGGAAAGGAAUCUUCAUCCUCUUGGUCUUGCUAGAUGGUAUGUGACUUACACCCCAAAUCAUCGUGGAGAUUCCGGAUCCUACAAUGCUACUGUAUGCUACUGUAUGUUACUGUAAAUGCUUGAUGUACGGUGGACCA